GCUUAGACUGCAGCAUGCAACAACCAGGCCGGCUGAGGCUGAGGCCAUGGCUGGAGGAGCAGAUUCAGUCUGGGAGGUAUCCAGGAGUCAGCUGGCUGGACCAGUCAGCGAGAAUCUUCCAAAUUCCAUGGAAACAUGCCGCUCGUCAUGGCUGGAGUAUCGACCGAGAUGCUACACUCUUCAGGAGUUGGGCUAUGCACACAGGGCGGUACUAUCCAGGCAAAGACAAGCCAGAUCCCAAGACAUGGAAGGCAAAUUUCCGCUGUGCCUUGAAUUCUCUGCCUGAUAUCUGUGAGCUGCAGGAGCACAGCAAAAAGAGAGGCAGCAAUGCCUACAGAGUCUACAGGAUGCUGCCAAGCACACAAACACACAGACGUAGGAGAGGACUGCGGUUGUUCAGCAGGCCCCGAGAAAGACAGGUGGGCUUAGGCGAUGACACAUACGCCAUGCACACUCGGCAACCCGCAACAACUAGACCCGUUUCAGACACACCACAGAAGGUGGAGACCCCCGCAGAAGACACAUUUGGCAACAUCCAAACACACGGGAUGUGGGAGGCCAAAGCAGAGGACCAGGAGCAGAAUGAGGCUGUGUUUAAGUUGAUGGACCACUUAAGCAGCGCUGAUCUCUGGAACCAAACUGGGGAGCAGAGAGGAUGGAGAACACACACACUGUGGGACCACUGGCACUGUGCUGGUGAUGAUAACCAGUACUCUCUACACACGGAGAACUACAGCGAUCUGUUUGGUCCAAACUACGUCAAGGAGCUUUCCGAUUGGUCCACAUAUCAGCCAACACUGAUGCCAUAGCUGUGCGCUAACAGCCUAUCCUGCAGCUCUUUGUGUUUACCACAUACUUGAGAAAAAGCAUUCCCCCCCCGCUCCAGGCUUUCUUGCUAACCUUUUGCUGAUUUCCUCCUGCUGUCUAUCUGCUCAGCUGACUGCUGAAACCCAGAGAGGGGGAGCAGACAGAGAAUAUUGCUCUGUCAGUCAAAGGAGCAGGCGGUCAUCCUCUCUGCUGAGCAUGCUGAGGUGAAGAUCCUGUUUCAAGCCAAGCUUUACCUCUGUCACCAUCACUUGGGUUCACUAUGGUUCAGUGCCUCAAACUCACUGAAAUGACACCAAGCUCACACCACAGCUUACAGAGUAAACAGAUCUAAUUUCGCUUCACUGCAGGAUCAGUUAUUGCUCUACGGUGUCUUUGAGUUUUACUGGAUGUUUAGCCAACACACAGUAAAUGAAGUGCAGGAUAAGUGGCUUUCAAAGUUUGCAGAUUUGUGUUUGUUUGAGUGGAGUUCAAGACUCAUGCUUUGCUAUCGUACACAGUAAGCUCACUCAAGUUGCAAUAAAUGCAGUAUACAUAUAUAUUUUUAGUCCGUAUAUAUACAUUUGAUUCCUAUACCUUUUUGACUUUGGUUGUACCAAUUUUUAAGAUUUCUCAGAGAUACUCAUGAUCAUUUUGUAUAUUAUAUUUUUUGGGGGCAUCGGAUGGUGCAAUUUGUUGUGUGUGAUAUUGUAAAAUGUGUUAUGUGUUUGUUUUGUAUUUUCAAAAAUAACUCUACAUUUACAAAAUGUAAAAGCAGCUAAAGCACACACACCUUGUUGGGAGCCUUUACAUGCCGUAUAUAUAUGUGCUUGUUUGGUGUGUUCGCUUGACAUUUUAUUUUUAACAAAAAAUGUUUCCCAAGAUAUUUCCCCUUUCAUCUGAAUCCUGUAAAAACAUUAUGGUAAUUGACAGAACAGCUCAGAAACAUGGAGUGUUACAGAUUGUCUUGUCUUUUUGGCACUUCAAUAAAAUCUAUAACCUGCAGGGGGAAUAAAUCAUAUUUGGUAUAAUUCACUGUUGUUAUGAUCACACCGAAAUCAAUCCUCCACUGAAUUGAUGUGAUAAAUAAAAAAAGCU